CCUCUUUGUGUAUGUCCAACAUGGAAGCUUUUCAAAGCAUUUUAAAGUUCUUUCUGAAUCAAAAAACUGCUAUUGGCUACAGCUUCAUGGCUUUGCUGACCUUGGGAGGUGAACGCCUCUUCUCACUGGUGGCUUUCAAAUGCCCCUGUAGCACUGAAAAUAUGGCCUAUGGGUUGGUUUUCCUUUUUGCUCCUGCCUGGGUGUUACUGAUCCUUGGAUUCUUUCUCAACAACAAGGCAUGGAAACUCUUCACAGGUUGUUGUGUCAAUCCCAGGAAAAUCUUCCCCAGGGGCCACAACUGCCGCUUCUUCUAUGUCCUAGGACAGAUCACUCUGAGUUCUUUGGUGGCUCCAGUGAUGUGGCUUUCUGUGGCUUUGCUUAAUGGGACGUUUUAUGAAUGUGCCAUGAGCGGGACGAAAAAUUCCAGACUUCUGGAACUGAUUUGUCACGGCAAACCCAAAGAAUGCUGGGAAGAGCUAUACAAAGUAUCCUGUGGCAAAACUAGCAUGCUACCCAUGGACAAUGAAGAAGUGAAACUGUCUCUUCAAGCCCAGUCUCAGAUUCUAGGAUGGAUCCUGAUUUGUUCAGCAUCCUUCUUCUCCCUGCUCACCACUUGUUAUGCACGCUGUCGGUCUAAUGUGAGCUAUUUACAGUUAAGCUUUUGGAAGACAUAUGCACAAAAGGAGAAAGAGCAAUUGGAAAAUACAUUUUUGGACUAUGCCAACAAACUGAGUGACAGGAAUCUGAAAUGCUUUUUUGAAAACAAGAGACCAGAUGUCUUUCCCAUGCCCACUUUUGCUGCCUGGGAAGCUGCUUCGGAGUUGCAUUCUUUCCACCCAAGUCGACAACACUACAGCACCCUCCACAGGGUGGUGGAAGAUGGCUUGGCUCCUUGCUCCCAGGAUGAUGAGACAGCAAUGGUCCUUGUUGGUUCUGCCCACAAUCUAUAG